AAAACAUGGCAAGAGAUAUGGGUUUAUAAAUACAUCUCUGUCGGAAUUUUAAAAUUAAAGGUGUCGAACCUCACGAGUGCUCUAGAUUUUUUGGUUGUUUUCUUUCAAAGUCAAACAUGAUGAAAAUUUUAGGAGUAUAUGGUGUAGUGGUGGUGAUGUUUUUGAGUUUUUCGGGUAGUUCUGGGUACUUUUUCGAUGAUUUGAUGGAGGAGCAGAACGAUGAUACUGCGUUAGUGGAAAGCACGAUCAGAGAAGCGAGGGCUGUGAGACCGCAGAGCAUACACGACCUUUUAAAACCUGGUGUUAAAGAGGCUUAUCUACACACGUACGGUGACGAACCUGGAGCGGAUGGAAAUGUUCAAGGAUUUCUAAAGAAGACCAAUGAUAAAGGGGACGAUGGAUACAAACACUUUGACAGUUACCAUAAAAAGGAUGCUGACAAAUUUGGGUUUGAAGUUCAUUCCGAAUAUGGAAAAUUAAACAAGGCAGACAUCGAUACUACAAGCGGUAGAAAGGAGGCUACUUCUAACAAAGAUAACGCUGAUGAAACUAAGAAGUCCUACAAAGUGGUAGAGGAUCCAGAAAGCAACAGCCAAUAUUAUGGAGAUUACGAAGGAGAAGGGGAAUCUGAAAAAUAUGCCGAUAGUGAGUCGAAUGCAGAAGCUGAAGAGGAAGAAGAGUCCAGUCCCUACUCUUCACUCUACUCUAACAGUGAUGCAGAGAGUGAUGGAGAAAGCUCUGAGGAUGGUGAAAAAUCCUCGUAUACUUCUAGUGCCGAUGAUGGUGAUGAGGAAUCGGAAAGUUAUACAAACGAGGAGGAAGAAGAGGAAUAAUUAUAGGAAAUUUUUGUAUAUUAUUUUAGUAUAAGUUUUGUGUAUAUUGAAUUUAAAAUUAUAUUUUAUAAUAUUUGG